CAUCACUAUAACUGAAAGGAAAAUUUAAAUGCUUUGUGGGUUUUCAAGAAUGGGGAUCCAAUGCUGUAUUGAUGGGAAAUUUUUCAGUUCUUUACCCCCUUUAAGUCCUAUUUCACUCCCAUCUCUAAAGGAGAUACACCUUUGGUAUGUGAUACCCAAUGAAGUUAAGGGUGAAUCCCUUAUGAACAAAUAUAUGGAGAUUCUAUCCCCAUGUGAGAUUGAGAAAGUUUUGAGUUUUCAAAGAGAUGAGAUGAGGAAAAGUGCUCUACUUGCUCGUGCACUCGUCAGAACUACCAUUGCUAGAUAUCAGAUAAAUUCUUCAGUGACGCCCAAAUCCAUCAAAUUUAGGAAUAACAUUCAUGGGAAACCAGAGGUAGAUUGGCCAUGCAGCUACAAUUGGGAGCCUCCCACGUUGCAUUUCAACAUCACACAUACGUCGUCUCUGAUAGCCUGUGGUGUGACAAAAACUUCUCCUAUCGGUGUGGACGUGGAGGAAAAGCAACGAACAACAAAGCACAACAUAUUGACUUUAGCUAGAAGAUACUUCACCAAACAUGAACUUGAAGUGUUAACAGCUAUUGGAGAUCCCUAUAUUCAGCACCAGGAGUUUAUAAAGUUAUGGACAUUGAAGGAGGCAUAUGUUAAAGCACUUGGGAAGGGUUUCUCAGGUGCACCUUUCAAGACAUUUACCAUUCGUCUUGGUAAUGCUAUUGGAGAACACUUUCAUCUGUUUCAGAAUUCAAGCGCUGAGGCAAGUGAAAUAGUAGUGGAUUCUCUUGACAACACGCAUGGCCUUACAAGUAAUUGGCAGUUUAUGCUCUUGGAGUUGGCUAGUUCUCAUUAUGUUGCCAUUUGCACAGAAAAGAAUGUCAAAACAAAAGAUGAUUGGAAUAAUAAUCCUAGGAAAUUAACAGUUUGGAAGACAAUUCCAUUUGUUGAAGACAUGUGUGUUUCUGGAACCGAUGCAGUCCUUACAGUUUGUGGCUUGAGAUAAUGAUUGUUACAUUGAUGAUGAUACUUAAUCUGACAAUGUAUCAGUAGAAUCCUUGGAUUCAGAGUAGUAAUUCAGCAACAUAGUACAUUUCUGCUAGCACAGUUUCUGGCCUGCGGUGACUUUUUUUUAGCAGGAAAAUUAAAACCAAGUGUUUGGGGUAAUAUUAUUGGAUCCAACAAUUUUAUGCUGGGAAAACAGAUUGUAUAAGUGCAUGAAUUCUCAUUAUUUGUCAUUCUUGUCUGUAAGAUGGACAGUUUUCUUCCAGAUUGUAAGCGGUGUUUCUGUUA